AUGACAAACAUAUUUGCACCGGGGUUGUGGGAUGGAGAGCGGGGUUGUGGGAUGGAGAGCGGGAUUGUGGGAUGGAGAGCGGGGUUGUGGGAUGGAGAGCGGGGUUGUGGGAUGGAGAGCGGGGUUGUGGGAUGGAGAGCAGGGUUGUGGGAUGGAGGGGAUGGAUGGAGAGCAGGGUUGUGGGAUGGAGAGCGGAGUUGUGGGAUGGAGAGCGGGGUUGUGGGAUGGAGAGCGGGGUCGUUGUGGGAUGGAGAGCAGGGUUGUGGGAUGGAGAGCGGGGUUGUGGGAUGGAGAGCAGGGUGGAAGCAGGAUGUGGGAUGGAGAGCGGGGUUGUGGGAUGGAGAGCGGGGUCGUGGGAUGGAGAGCGGGGUCGUGGGAUGGAGAGCAGGGUCGUGGGAUGGAGAGCGGGGUCGUGGGAUGGAGAGCGGGGAGAGCAGGGUGUGGGAUGGAGAGCAGGGUUGUGGGAGAGCAGGGUCAGGGGAUGGAGAGCAGGGAUUGUGGGAUGGAGAGCAGGGUUGUGGGAUGGAGAGCAGGGGUUGUGGGAUGGAGAGCGGGGUUGUGGGAUGGAGAGCGGGGUUGUGGGAUGGAGAGCGGGGGGUGGGAUGGAGAGAGGGGUUGUGGGAUGGAGAGAGCGGGGGAUGUGGGAUGGAGAGCGGGUUGUGGGAUGGAGAGCAGGGUCGUGGAGAGCGGGAGUGGGAUGGAGAGCAGGAUCGUGGGAUGGAGAGCGGGGUUGUGGGGUGGAGAGCGUGGGAUGGAGAGCGGGGUUGUGGGGUGGAGAGCUGGGUUGUAGGAUGCAAUGGCACGUCCAUAGCGACAGAGGGAUAA